AUGAGUAAGGAAUCAAUAGAUGAAGAUACACGACAGGACGUAGACAGCAAAUAUCCAUCAAUUCAGAGAAAAUGCAAAAUUGAAUUGCUCCUGUAUUUCAGACCACCCUCCAAAAGUUGAUUGGCAGCAACUUCUCUUUACAGCACAACUGUAACAAGGAAGGAUUCAAUGCCUCUAGUGAUCAAAGAGAUCGUUCUAAAGUCAGAAUUGGUAUUGUUAGCAAUGACCAGAACCACUGCUGCUCGUGCAACUCUUUGAUUGGAUUUGGUAUAAGAAGUCAUCCAAAAGGCGCAAAAUCUUGCGGAAACGAGGCACUCCAUGAUGGUUUAGAUAAUGGAGAGAAGAGUAUCAAAGCCAUGGGGUACAUAUUGCUGCAAUAA